UUUUGGUUCUAUUUUUUCCUUCUAUGUAUUGUGAAGAACGAAAGCUCUUGUUUUCGAAGAAAAAGCUAAGUAAAAUUUCUACCACAAAUUCGAUUCUUUAUCUUUGCUUCAACUUCAACCUCAAGCUCAAGCUUCAGCCAUGGCUUCUGGACCAUUCUUUCUUGGUAACAGUGAUUCCGAAAGACACAAUUUCUGUUCCGAUGAUGUCUUAUGUCCAUACGAUGACUUUACCAACGAGGAUUCUUCAAGCGUCACUCAUAUCGAUUCCAGUAAGGAUUUUCACGUUUCAAGGAUGAUGAAAACACCAACAUUUCCUGCCACAGUUAUUAAUACAUCUGAAGGUUCUUUUAGCCAAGAUGUUAUUGCGAAAACCGUUGAGAAGAGUAUGAAAACUUGUACUGAUAACCUUAUGAGGUUUCUUGAGGGAAUUAGUUCGAGGCUAUCGCAAUUGGAAUUAUAUUGUUACAAUCUAGAUAAGUCAAUUGGAGAAAUGAGAUCUGAGUUAACUAGUGAUCAUGAGGAGGCUGAUUCAAAACUCAAAUCUCUUGACAAACAUCUUCAAGAAGUACACAGGUCUGUACAAAUUUUAAGAGACAAGCAAGAGCUAAUCGAGACUCAGAAAGAAUUAGCCAAGCUUCAACUUGCUCGGAAAGGAUCAUCUUCCUCAGUUCAUUCACAGUCCAACGAGGAGAAAUUUCCAUCUUCUGACAUUGAUCCGAAAAGAACUGAUAGUGCGAAUGUUACGUCAUCUGAGCCACAUAACCAGCAGCUAGCUCUUGCCCUUUCUCAUCAGCCGCCUACGGCCUACUCAUCUCAAGCUCCAUCUUCAAAUGUGACUCAAACCACACAACAACCUCAUUAUUACAUGCUGCCUCCGCCUUCACCCAAUCCGCCAGCUGCAGCCCAAACUCCUCAGAAUCAGUAUUUUCCGUCUGAUUCACAGUAUCGAUAUCAUCCAUCAACAUCAUCUCAAGUAACCCAGUCCCCGACUGCGCAACAAUUUUCUCAGUAUCAGCAACCACAGCGUCAACAGCAGCAACAGCAGCAACAGCAAUGGUCUCAACAGUUACCUCAGCAGGUGCAACCUCCCUCAACGCACUCUCAAAUGAGACCCCUAUCAGUAAAUGCUUACCCUCCUUCGUACCUUACAAACCAAGCUACAAGUCCAUCUCCCACUGCCACUGACAACACAUUUCCGAACAGCAUGCCAAUGCAAAAGCCAUAUUCAGGUAUUCCGCCACAAAUCAAGAGCCAUUAUCCAGUCCAACCAGGUAAUCCCUAUGGAAGUAGUGAGGUCCAUGCUGCACCUCCUCCUGCUAGCACAUACAUGACGAACAGAGGUGAGGGCGCACAAGCAAGUUACCCUACCCAACCUUCUCAAUUUGCUCAAAGUGGAUAUCCUCCUCAAAGUGCUCCCCUUCAAAACCCUGCACCUCAUAAUCCAACAGUCAGAAAUCCUAACCAACCGCAACUCAUCCGCAACCAUCCUUACAGUGAGUUGAUUGACAAUUUGGUGAAUAUGGGAGUCAGAGGUGAUCUUGUUGUCAGCAUUAUUCAGAGGAUGGAGGAAACUGGGCAGCCUAUAAAUUUUAACUCUGUACUUGACAGGUUGAAUGCGCAUAGUUCACUGGGUCCCCAGAGGGGAUGGUAAGGGUUAAGAAGAAUGUAUGCUGCAUCUUCUGUUUGAAUAAUACUGUCCAGCAAUAAUGUUACAUAGCAUGGCAUGUAUGACAAUGAGCAAUGUUGUUUCGCAUUGUGCACUGUAUGUUUUUUCUUGCAAUGUGCACUGUACUAUAGUGUAUACCACGUUUGAAGUA